CUUCACGGAGUUCUGUUUUUAAUAAUAAAAUACUAACAAAAAUGUAAAAUUUGAGCAGUCCAGAGAAAGUUAAAACCUAGGCUAGGCGCCAGUCUAGCCUUCUGCAUGCUCUAGGCCUAGGGCCGAGCCUAGCUAGUCCUAGCUAAAACCCUUUCCUGGAGGCCUCUAGGGCCUAGGCCCUAUGUAUGCCAGUUUAGAUUAGCUUGGCCCUCAGCAGAUUGCGCAAUAUGGAUUUAAAUAAGAGUAAGAAAUUGACGGGCAAAGAAUGGACAGAAUUGAAAAGAAAAAAAAGAAUAUUGAAAAAGAAACGUUUAGAAGAAAAACUUGCAAAGAAGAUGAAACAAGAUGAAGAGGCAAAAAAGAAGGAAAGUGAAGUACCUCAGGAUGAAGAGAAGGAACAAAGCCGUGAUUGGACUGUCAGUGUUGCUGUUCCAGGAUCAAUUCUUUCUAAUGCUCAGUCUCCUGAGCUAAGGACCUACUUAGCCGGACAGAUUGCUCGAGCUGUAGUGGUAUUCAAUGUUGAUGAAGUUAUCGUUUUUGAUGAGAGUGGUACCAGCAUGAAUGAUACAGACACCUUUCAAGGCAUUACCAACAAAGGCAAUCCCAACAUCCAACUAGCAAGAAUCUUACAGUACCUAGAAUGUCCACAAUAUUUACGGAAACAUUUUUUCCCGAAACAUGUAGACCUACAGUAUGCAGGUUUGCUAAAUCCACUUGACUGCCCCCAUCAUCUUCGGAUGCAGGAAUGGUGUAAAUACCGUGAAGGUGUUGUUGUGAAGCGUCCUGUUUCCAAAGAUCACCCUGGAUCAUAUGUUAACAUUGGCAUGUUAAAGGAAGCCAGGGUUGACAAGGAAUUAAGUCCAGGAAUCCGAGUGACUGUAAAGUUAAAACAGAAUGAACAAAAUGACAAGCUGAAAUAUUACUCUGGCCAAGUGGUUUCUCCAUCACUACCAAGGUCUGAGGCUGGCCUUUACUGGGGGUACACUGUCAGACUUGCCCCUAGCCUAGGGGCAGUCUUUACACAAAGCCCCUACCCUAAUGGCUAUGACAAAACCAUAGGAACCUCUGAUAAGGGAGCAAAUAUAGAUGAGUUCAAACUACCAAAAUUCAAUCAUUUACUUGUUGUUCUUGGAGGACUGAAGGGCCUGGAAUCUGCCCUUGAUGUAGACUCAGACCUGAAUGUAGAUGACCCAUGCCACCUGUUUGACUACUACCUGAACACCUGUCCAAAACAAGGAAGCAGAACAAUCCGGACAGAGGAGGCAUUACUCAUUACAUUGUCUGGCUUAAGGUCGAAGAUAUGUGAAUCUACAUCGCUAAACUUAUGACACUACUUAAAAUACAAGACACCUAUCAACAUGUUACUGAAGUCUGUACUUUGACAUCAGUAGAAAUGUGCAUCAGUUAGAAAGUAUAGCUGUAAAACCUGCUAGAUAGAAAUCACUGCACAAGGGCAAGAUUAGCUCAUGAAAAUAUUUUUGAACCUGAAAAAAUAUCAUCUAGUGUAUGAUUUACAACUUUGCUUUAAAAAUCAAUCACCAUUCCUAGUUAAUUUGCUUGGUGGAGGUCUAAUCUAUAAUCUAGAGACCUACAUUUGUGCCUUUGCUACACCAUUGACCAGGGAUAUCUUGACAUUCUAGAUAGGCCUCAAGUGAUCAUAUUCCAAAUUGUAAAUUUUAUUUUGUCUUGAUUUCUAUAGAAUCUAUAAAUUCCAUUAAUUCAUCUCCAUGCUAGAUCAUUAUUUUCAUUCAUAUGAUGACAUAAUAGAAUCUGUAAAAAAAAGGUAAAGGUUCAAAACCUGAAGCAGGUCAGAGUGCCCGUCUCUCUUACUUUAGCGUUUGAGCCAGACUGUGCAAGGCUGUGGGGGGUUCGCCACUCCUCCCGCACUGCAGUCUGUUUUACCUUCCCAGCAUAUGCCGGUACCCAUUUAUACACCUGGGUGGAGAGAGACAAACGUAGAUAAAGUGUCUUGCCUAAGAACACAAGCGACUUGCACAGUGAGGGUUUCAAACCCCUGACCUCAAGGCUGAGAGUCCGAGCUACAACCGUUGCGCCAACUGCUUCUACCCAGACAGAAUCUGUAAAAAUAAACACCAGAGUUAGAAACUCGCUUAGUCUUCAAUACUUUGUCAUUUUAGGUACUGUAUACGAAAAAGAAAAAUUGAAUUAAUAAAUUAACAUAAACUUGUA